AUGUUGUUCGCCGUUUACUCAUUUUGCAAAGUUGGUGGCGAUAUAAAAAUUUCAAAAAUUUGUGCAGAAGUCGAAAAUUCGGAUUUUUUUAAAGGUGAUAGAGUAGUUACAACUGUUGGCUGGGCAACUGGCAGAUUGAUUGAAGUAUUAUGUCAGAAACAAUUAUUCAGAUAUAUCAUUCGAUCAUAUGAUACCUAUGCCUAUAGAAAAGGUAAGUUUUCUGAGCAAUCUAAACGUGGUUCGAUAGUUUUCAAUCUUGGAAGUUGGUGGCGAUUCACCUACAAUGAGGUGUUCUCUGUCGAUUGGGUGUUGAGGAAACACCAUUUCGGACUGCUAGCAGACAAACUGAAGCGUGAACCUCACAAGCUUUUCUACCCGGAUUUAUUUACCAUGAAUUUACUCAAUAGCAUCGAUAUAAUUCCAUUCGAUGUCUUUAAGCAUCUCUUUAGAAUCUAUGGUGAUUCGAUUGUGUGCGAUCACUUCUAUAAUCCACUGGUUCAGAAUGCAUUUCUUUUUGGUCGUAAAGACAUUGUUGAGCAUAUACAGAGAGCAUACCGACCAAGUUAUUUAGAAAGUCAGUGA